AGUUUCAAAUUUAAUAUCUAUAUUUUAUCCUUAUCUAUUAUAUUCUUAUUUAUUAAAAUUUAUUUUUUUAUAUUUAAAAAGCAAUUAUCAUUUUACUGGUCAAUUUUGCAUAGGCUUUGAAAAUAUAGAAGUAAUAUUAAUAAUAUUAUAAUAAAUGUAUUUUUUUCCACUUAAGGCGAGAUUUAUUCCUAAAUUUAUAUUUCCUAAAAAUUAAAACUUUUCUUGCAGUUGUCAGAAAUUUCAAUAAUAAUUAUAAUUUCCAUAUAUCAAAAUAUACAUUUUCUUUUUUUUACUAAAAAUUCAAUAAAAUUUAUAUUAAAGCUUUAAUAAAAUAAAAUAUAAUUACGUUGAUAAACAAUGUGAAUUUUAUUUAUACAUUAGUACUUUCAAAACUUUUAUUCAUUACAACAAACAUAUUUCGAAAAAGGUUAACAAGUUAAUAAUUACUAAUACGAAUACGAAUGUUACUUGAUAAACUUCUUGUAACGCACGCGCAUUUGAUCUGUUUGUUGAACAUGGCAGUUGUUUUAUUAAUCAUGUCUGCUAAUAUAGCACAACAAUUAUCAAAAUGAAAUGAAAUAUUAAAUAUUUGUAAAAUGAAUACAAAAUUCGAUUAUUGGGUUAAAGAAUUGUUAUAUAUUUGUUAUUAUCUAUUAUUAUGUGAACCUAUAAGUACCGUAAAAUACUACUAAGUAGUGAGUGAUAUAAAUGCGCUCGGCUAUUAGCGUUAUUUUGUCGAGUCCAGUACCCGACAACAAGAUGUCUCAUCCCGAUUAUGAACAAACUGCACAUGAUCAUGCAGCAUUGCUUUUACUUUUGAGACCUAUUGGUACACAAAUCAAACAAAAGACUAUUACCAGGUUAUGUGAACGGAUAAUUAAAACAGGCAGUAGAUUUUCUGUUGCUGAUUCUACUGGUGGAACACGUGAAAUUCUUGCUAGAUUUGUUAGGGAACAUCCUGUUGAAAAUAACGAUUGGGGAGAUUUCCAAACUCACAGAAGAUUAUUAGGAUUAAUUACUUUUGGCAAAUAUGACAAUCAAGCAGAAUUAAAUGAGCUAUGUAGAGUUCAUGAAACUUUAAAAGUGAAAUACAGUGCAACAUUAUAUGAUUCACGUGCUAUUCUUUUUGGACCAUUAGAAUCAAAUAAUGUACACGAACCGCCAACAUCAUUUAGUACACCUUUAAAUUUUAAAACUAGAGCAGUAUUUUAUACAGAUGAGACAUGUCCUGAUCUUGAAGUUCAUGUAAUGGAGUGUCUAAAUUCUUUAUUCUGGAUUUUAGAAUCUAAAAGAUUAGAAAGAUCUAGAGAAAAAAUAGACAGAGUCUCUCUUUUAUUGGCACCAUUUGAAAAAAAAGAUUUUAUAGGAUUAGAUCUGGAAUCUAGAAAUAAUAGAAAAAGAUGUGUAGGCCGUAUGACAAAACAUUUAGGCGAUUUGUGUCUUCAAGCUGGUCUACCAGCAGAUGCCUUGAGUAAUUAUAAUUCUGCAGCUAGUGUAUUACAAGCUGUAAAUGAUUGGUUAUGGCUAGGAGCAGCAUUUGAAGGUUUAUGUGCUGCAUCUGCUUUAGUGUUAUAUCCAAAUAUGUGUAGAAGUCUUCCAUUACAAAGAAAUUCUUCCCUUCAAGAAGGUAGUCCAGGUAAGCAAAGAAGAGGUUCACAAGCUAUAGCUACUUUAUUAUCACCACCAGCUAUAGAAAUAGUAAAAAGUAAUAUGCCACAUAUUUUACUACCUGAAGAAAUAUCAAAAAAAUAUCGUGAGGCAAUAGUUCAUUAUAGCAAAUAUCAAUAUGCUGGAAUAAUUGAGACAGAAGCUAGCUUUAAAGCUACAAGAAUUUCAAUAGAACAAAAUUGUACUUUACAAGCUGCUUCUUAUUUAAAUAAUGUCAUACUUAUAAACUUGCCAUUGAGUGAGCAAGAAAAAAUUGAUCGGUUUACCACAUUAUCAGAUUUAUAUACAAGUUUUGGUUUUAUAAGAAAAGCAUCCUUUUGCUUAAGAUUAGCUGCAACACGACAUGUAUCUCAAAAUAAUCCUAAUCCAGAUUGGCAACAAUGUUAUAAUUUGAUGCUACAAGCUACUUCUGGAUUUAAAUUAUCUUUAGACCCAGUUGAUAUGUCUCCUGAAUGUCAUAGAGGUUGGCCUAUUAUUCAAAUUCAAGUGAUAAAUGAACUUGUUACUGCUGCUAAUCGUAUGGGUAAUCCAGCAUUAGCAACAAGACAUAUGACAUUCUUACUUCAAACAAUGUACAAUUAUUUAACUCCUAACGAACGUAAAGAAACUGCUUUGCAACUUCAAAAUGUAUCUCAACAAUGCGAAGGCGCUCCUGUACCUCUUGUUUUAGAUUCUGGUACAGUUAUACCUCCUGCUAAUUUAACGAAUAUUCCGAAAACUAAAUCAUUUAUUUUAAAAAAUAUGCAACCACAUCUUCAACCUCAAAAAAUUGAAAGAGUGAAAGAAGAUCAUGGUCCAUUUUUAUUUACACCAAUUAAUUUCGGAUCAUUAGAAAGAAAAAAUAUAUCUAAAAGUAAAGUUGAUUAUUUAUGGGUAGAAGGUGAUAUUUGCGAAGUAUCAAUGCAACUUGUUAAUCCUUUGCCGUUUGAACUUCACGUUUCUAACAUGAGACUCCUUACAAACGGCGUAGUAUUUGAAUCAAUUCCUGAAAGUAUUACACUUCCUGCUGAAUCAGGACCAAUUGCGGUAACGUUAGCUGGCAAUCCUAAAGAAAUCGGAGAUUUAGAAAUUCUUGGUUUUAGUACGCAUACAUUGGGAGUGAAAUCAAAUUGUAGAUUAAGAUAUAUGGAGGAAAUGAGUCAUUCUCAAUAUACAGUUGAAGUAGUUCCAGCUUUACCGAGAAUAGAAGUAGCUACAAGUUUACCUCAAACUGCAAGUUUUUGUUCUGGAGAUAAUAUAGUAACUAGCGCAAGUAUAUCAUUAUAUGGCGGAGAAAGUGCCGAAUGUACUAUAACAAUUAAAAAUAACGGUCAACUUCCUAUCGAAACAAUCGAAUUAUCAGUGCAAUCAACAUUAGACACGUUAACUGAAAGUAAAAUAUUUAAAUGGAACGAUGAAAAUUUAAUGGCACAAUUACCUUUAAAACCUGGCUCUAAUGCUAGUUUUAUUUUAUAUUUAUAUGCAGCUACCGAUUUUAUAGCACCUACAUCUCGGAAUGAUACUAGUAGUAGUACUUAUGUUAGUCAACCCAGCAGUUUAAUGUCUCAUUCAGGACAUAGUUCAUUACCAUCUAGAUUAAGUUCUCCAUCACAUACAAAGAGACAAUCCGAAUUAACUUCCUCAUUCAGGUCAGGAUUAAGUUCUCAUUCAGGACAUUCUUCCUUAGCGAGUUCGCGUUUGUCUAAACUUGCAGUUCCAUUGCAUACCUCAAAUGUUAUUGAAGGUCAAUUAAAAAUAAAAUAUUCGGGUGGUGCAGGUUUAACGGCAGGUUAUUGUCGUAUUUCUUCAGUUUUUAUCACAGUUGAGAUGUUACCUAGUGUGCAAAUUACAAAUUGGGAUGUACUUCCAGCAGAAACACCAUCGCAAUUUUAUCUUGUAUUAGAUUUAACAAAUAUGACUAAUCACGAAAUGGAAUUGUAUUACACGGAAACUAAAUGUAUAUACAUGGAGGGAAAAGAACCUUGUAGAAUCCCUGUCCCAGUUGAUCGAUGCCCAUUGAAUAAAUUAUCUAUGUUAAAUGGAAAUGGUGAUAUCGGAGAACUUCAAAAAGUUUGUUCCGAACAUAUUGCGUCGUUGGUUGAUUUACGCUGGCAAUUAUUGGGCACAGAAUCGACCGGAAAAGCGACUCUUUCUGGCAUUACUCUCACUCAAGAUAUGUUAGAUCUUGUUAGAAUGAGCCCUCUACAAUGGGAGAUUAAAAUAAAUGAUACAGUUGUAAAGGCACAAGAUGAACUUACAUGUAGCUUAGGUGAAUGCGUUAGUGUCGGAAUAGGAAUAUGUAACGCUUUAGAACAUCCAUUGAGUGAUCUUAUGUUAUCUAUCAAUUUUUAUCAAGAUCAUCAUAAUGGCGUGAACAAUUAUCAACUAGAAACAAGAUUAUCCAUUGCUGGUGCAAAUAAAAUUAUGCUUCCAGCAUUACAGGAAUAUGGAAGAAUUUAUCACGAAUGUCGUGUAGUAUUUUUUACGGCUGGUCAAUAUAAAAUAGAUAUUCAAUGUAGCAGUAAAGAAUCAGCUCCAAAUACACCGAUUCUUUGUUCAGAAUUGAUAAAUGCUGGACACACUUGGCGUUAUAUACCAUCAAUAGAAAUCACAGUUGACGAUUAUUAAUACAUAUAUAUGAAAUUAUUAAAUGCGUGAUUUUGUAAUAUUUAAUGAAAGGAAAAGAAAAAAUAAAAUAUAUUUAUGCUUUGUUA